UGCUUGAGCAACGCUUUUGGCUUUUUCUAGCUUGCGCUUUUCCUGUGAUGUCGGGCUUGAUGCAUCUGUCCGAUUUUGUUGAGGUGAUUCUUGAUCUACGCUGAUCUCAGUCUUAUCUUCGACAGGGAAACAAGACCGAUAUUUACCAACCUCUUGUGUCUGCCAACCUGUGCGCAGUGGAAGUUAUAUACCUUGCUCCAAAGAAAGCAUCUGACAGACGAGCUGUCCGAAUGCGGAGCGGAGAGAAAAACUCUGAAACCAAUCUCAUUGUAUCUUGAAGCGAAACAAAGAGUUCAAUUACACUUUACACGAAGAAACAAAAUGAUUGAUAUUGAGUGGCGCCCUUCCUUUGAUGUAAUCGCUUCACCAUCACAUGACUCAGAAUCACGUGCAGAUAUCUACUCCCCGCGACCAACUGAUCGCAAUCAUCCGGCUCCACCUACCUACGCUCUCUAGUCUCCAUCUCCUUUGUCGCCUCUCCCUGUCACCCUAAACAUGAGCGCCCAGGCAUACUACGAGCUUUAUCGCGGGAGCAGCCUCGGACUCUCCCUUACCGAUACUCUCGAUGACCUGAUCAACGAAGGCCGGAUCGAGCCUCAGCUCGCGAUGAAGAUCCUCUCCACCUUUGACCGCAUCAUCACGGAAGUGCUUGCGGACAAAGUGCGCGCCAGAUUGACGUUCAAGGGCCAUCUCGAUACCUACCGAUUCUGCGACGAAGUCUGGACCUUCCUUAUUAAAGACGUUACGUUCAAACUAGAUAACCAGACCACCGUGUCAGCGGAUAAGGUGAAGAUCGUGAGCUGUAACAGCAAGAGGCCUGGUGAGGUGUAGGGUGGAGAAUACCUAUCUGCUUACGCUCCAGCUACAGAUUUUCACGGCAUUGUACUGGACGGGCGUUAUUCGACGUUGAUUUACUUCACGUGGAUUGUUUGUAACACUGGGAUUUGGCAUGUUGAUUGACAUGGGGGUUAUGAUUUGAUUUUCGGCGUUUCAGGGCAGCAUGAGAGUUUGUACUACGGAUUUGAUAUGGGGAUUAGAAUAGAUUGAAAUCAGAGACCCGAGAUUUGCACAGAC